GACAGGAACUUUUUGCUGAUUGGUCUCAUUAAAAUGUACCCGCGUCUAACCUCCCUUCUCCGCCAUUUCCACCACCGCGAAAACCACCUCUGUCUUACUCACCUCCGCUCGGAAUCCACACAAGCCCUAGAAUAUUUUCGGCGUCGAUUAUCAGAAGAAUCCCCAAAUCUGAACGAUUUCAUUCAAUUACAGAAUAAUGAAGAGUACUCCGUCGAAGUCGGAACCAAGAAGAAGCCUCUUCCAAAACCUGAAUGGAUGAAGGAAUCAAUUCCUGGAGGUGAGAAAUACACUAAAAUUAAGAAGAAAUUGAGGGAAUUGAAGUUGCAUACUGUUUGUGAAGAAGCUCGUUGCCCUAAUUUAGGGGAAUGUUGGUCUGGUGGUGAAACUGGUACCGCUACAGCUACUAUUAUGAUUUUGGGUGAUACUUGUACUCGCGGUUGUAGAUUCUGUAAUGUCAAAACAUCUAGAACUCCUCCCCCUCCAGAUCCAAAUGAACCGACCAAUGUUGCGGAAGCUAUUGCUUCCUGGGGCCUAGAUUAUGUAGUAAUUACAAGUGUUGAUCGAGAUGAUUUACCUGAUCAGGGAAGUGGUCACUUUGCUGAAACUGUGCAAAAGUUGAAAACUUUAAAGCCAACUAUGCUUAUAGAGGCCCUCGUUCCUGAUUUCCGUGGAGAUCCUGCAUGUGUUGAGAAAGUUUCCGUAUCUGGAUUAGACGUGUUUGCUCACAAUAUCGAGACAGUUGAAGAGUUUAAGAGUGUAGUUAGAGAUCGUCGUGUAAACUUCAAGCAAUCUAUAGAUGUUCUAAAGCUAGCCAAAGAAUAUGCUCUUGCCGGUACCCUAACCAAGACGUCAAUAAUGUUGGGCUGCGGAGAAACACCUGACCAAGUGGUGAGUACGAUGGAAAAGGUGAGAGCUGCUGGUGUUGACGUUAUGACUUUCGGCCAGUAUAUGAGACCUACAAAACGGCACAUGCCAGUGUCCGAGUAUAUAACUCCAGAGGCGUUUGAGAAAUACAGAGUUCUUGGAAUGGAAAUGGGAUUUCGGUAUGUGGCUUCUGGUCCCAUGGUGCGAUCUUCAAACAAAGCUGGUGAGCUCUACAUCAAGUCGAUGAUCGAUGCAGAUCGAGCAAUCUCUUAUAAUUCGUCAAGCUCCUGUGGGCUGACUCUCUGGAGAACAUCUGUAUGUAGAGCAGAAAGUUUGGAAUUUGAUUCCUACCGUGCGCGGUUAUCGGUUGGGGGUUUCUUGACCGCGCACAUCCUUCUUUACUCCCUCCUUGAAGGGUACGGUUAUUAG